AUGGAUACUGCGACAACGACCGCCCGGCCGGAGAAGGUCCACAGCUCGAAAUGGAGAUAUUGGGCUGACAAGCUCGCCGUCACGUCGGAACCCGGGCUGACUAGCGCGCAAUUAAUGCUGACGAACUAUGACCUGAAACCUGUUGAGCCCGAGAGACGCCAAUGGGGUCCCUGGAACUUUGCAGCCUUCUGGGUCGCCGAUUCUUUCAACGUCAACACGUGGAUGAUUUCAUCUUCCAUGAUCGUAAACGGUCUUUCAUGGUGGCAGUCGUGGCUCUGCGUCUGGAUAGGCUAUGCUAUUGCCGGUUGCUUCAUUUGCUUGACCGGUCGUAUUGGCGCUCAGUACCACAUCGGUUUCCCCGUCGUCAACAGAUCCUCCUUCGGAAUCUGGGGCAGUCUGUGGCCUGUUUUCAACCGUGCGGCCAUGGCUUGUAUCUGGUAUGGUGUGCAGGCUUACAUUGGAGGUCACUGCGUCUAUCUUAUGAUCCGUUCGAUCUGGAAGUCAUGGGACCGCAACGAGAUCCCCAAUACUUUCCCUGAAUCAUCGGGCACGACCACAGCGGACUGGGUCUCUUUCUUCAUUUUCUGGCUCUGCUCUCUGCCCGCCAUCUGGUUCCCCGUCCAUAAGAUUCGUCACCUGUUCACGGUCAAGUCCUAUGUCGUUCCUUGCGCCGGAAUUGCCUUUUUGAUCUGGGCCGUUGUUCGCGCCGGCGGUGUCGGCCCAAUUGUCCGCCAACCCGCAAAGGCGCAGGGUAGCGAGCUUGCCUGGGAGUUUAUCAAGGGUGUUAUGUCCUCCAUCGCCAACUUUGCGACGCUCAUCGUCAACGAUCCCGAUUUCUCCCGUUUCGCCACAAAGCCUCGCGACGCGCUGUGGUCCCAGCUUUUCACAAUUCCCAUCGGCUUCGCCUUCACCUCGUUCAUCGGCAUCAUGGUCUCGUCAUCCUCCACGGUCAUCUACGGCGAAGAAAUUUGGGAUCCGCUCGACCUUCUUGAAAGGUUCAUCGACGACGGCGGCUCAGCCCAGCGGUUCGGAGUUUUCGUGAUUGCUGCGUCCUUCGCCUUGGCUCAACUCGGUACCAAUAUUGCCGCCAACUCGGUCUCUGCCGGUACCGAUAUGACGGCUCUGCUUCCCCGAUGGCUCAGCAUUCGCCGUGGUGGAUACAUCUGUGCUGCUGUCGGUCUGGCUAUGUGCCCGUACACGCUGCUUACCUCCUCCAACCAGUUCACUACGUACUUGUCGUCGUAUAGUGUCUUCCUCAGCUCGAUUGCCGGCGUCAUGUGCUCCGAUUAUUACCUUGUCCGCAAGGGAUACCUGGAGAUCAAGGAGCUAUACGACGCGCGCAAGGCCGGACCGUACUACUUCACCUACGGAUUCCACUGGCGCGGUUAUGCUGCAUACAUCGCUGGAAUCUUAAUCAAUGUCGUUGGAUUCGCCGGUGCAAUUGGUCGAGAUGUGCCCGUGGGUGCCACUUACAUUUACAACCUCAAUUUCUUCGCAGGCUUCAUUGUUUCGAGUAGUGUGUACUGGGGUCUGUGCAAAGUAUCGCCGAUUCCUGCCUGCAGCGAUAGGUGGAUGGAGGUUGGAGAGGAGAUCGAUGAUAUUCGUGUUGCAUACAACGCGGACAGUCAGGACUUUGAUGAGGAGGCUGUAACUGGUUCUUCGAAGGGCAUUGAUGAUGGUAGGAAGCACAUUUAA